AUGCCUGAUGUGAGCAAUGAGCCUGCUACACACAACUCACCCGAAACCGCACUAAGUGAGACCAACCAAGCCGGCCUCAUACCAGAGACAGUUGAAAGCCUCAUCCAAGAGCUUGCUACACACAACUCGCCAGAAAAUGCACCAAGGGAGAUCAACCCAGCAGGCUCCAUACCAGAGACAGCUGAAAGACACAUCCGAGAGCCUGCUACACACACCUCGCCAAAAGCUGCACGAAGUGAGAUUAACCAAGCCGGCCUCAUACCAGAGGCAGUUGAAAGCCUCACCCAAGAGCUUGCUACACACAACUCGCCAGGACAUGCACGAAGUGGGAUCAACCAAGCCGGCUCCAUACCAGAGACAGCUGAAACCCCCCUCCAAGCGACCGACAGGGUCGUGGGCUUAGUACCCGACCAAUCAGAGUUACCUGCAGCCAAGUCUGCCGAUUGCAUCCAUAACCUCGCCCGGCUUCUCACUGACCGGCUCCAGCAAAAUCAUGGCUGCUGUCAUACAACAGAAGACGAUGAGGUAAUUGCCAAGGGCACUCAUCCUAUCGCACGGGAUCCCAUCGAUCGUCAUUCAGUCGCGUCCUCGUUCAGUCCUCCUUUUGGUUAUCAUCUUACACCCAAGCUAGAGAGUCUCCUAACACAGCUGAAACACGUCGUAGAUGGGACCCUAGAAAGGAACCAUCUUACGAAGCUCCGCCACACCUUGAAUGAGAAGCUAAGUCGUAUCGCCGGCCCUGCAGUCACUGCGAACAUCGACUGCCCAAAGCUUCUCGCCAGGCUGGCGGACAACUUCGAGUUCGUCAACAGUUACGAGUAUGGUGCGGGAGUUGAGCGGAUCCCCGAUGACUCUGAGUUCAACAUCGGCUGCCCAUGCAAUGCCAAUGAGAAUGGGUGCGAUCCUUCUAUCUGUGACUGUCUCAGCAUAGAAGAGGAUUCAGAUGAUAGGAUUGUGCCAUAUCAAAUCUGCGAAAGCAAUCCUAAGCUGAUUGUUGCGAAAAAGGACUUCCUUAGACGCAAGGCCAUAAUCUACGAGUGCAACUCACGUUGCGGCUGCAGUGGUGAUCGAUGCUGGAAUCACGUCGUUCAACAGGGAAGGUCUGUCAGGUUGGAGAUCUUCGACACUGGCCCUCGGGGCUUGGGUCUCCGAUCUCCCGACUUCCUCCAUCGAGGACAAUACAUUGACCUUUAUCUCGGCGAAGUGAUCAUUAAAGCUGAAGCCGAGGAACGCGAGAACCUCACCGACGGCUCACAUACGCAAUCCUAUCUUUUCUCUUUGGACUGGAACGUAAAGGACGACGAGGACGAAGACCGGAACAUGAAAGUCGUCGACGGCCGCAAGUUCGGCUCCGCAACCCGUUUCAUCAAUCACUCUUGCAACCCUAAUUGCAAGAUCGUCCCUGUUUCCACCACCAAUCACGUCGAUGAAUACCUGUACAAUCUUGCAUUCUUCGCAAUCCGGGAUAUCGCACCUGGCACCGAGUUGACCUUCGACUACACCCAAGGAGACGAGCAGACAACCCCCGCAGAAGUUGACCCUGACGCGGUGCCUUGCCUAUGUGGUGAAGCCAACUGCCGCGGACAGUUGUGGCCGAACAAGCGCAAAGGCCAAGGAUCUAGGCCUUAG